AAAAGCGAUUUAGUAGUGAAGUAAGAAUAAAAAAGGUCAUAGACGAUGGAUGUGAAGACGACUACGAUGACAGAAUGAGAGAAUUCAAUAAAGCAGAAAGAGAGAGGAUGCAAAGAGUGGAGAACAAAGAGGAGAGCGAUGAGGAAGACGAAGAACUGGAGGGAGGCCUACGGGUACCAGGGCGUAUCUGGUCAAAACUAUUCAAGUACCAGCAGACAGGUGUGAGUUGGUUGUGGGAGCUUCAUGGCCAGCAAGCAGGCGGCAUUGUUGGGGAUGAAAUGGGACUUGGCAAGACUAUAGAGAUGAUCGCCUUUCUGGCCGCACUCAGGCAUAGCAGACUUAAAGAUAAAAAUUUCUCAUACCAGGGUCUUGGCCCAACAAUCAUCGUCUGUCCCACUACUGUGAUGUACCAGUGGGUCAAGGAGUUCCAUACCUGGUGGCCAUUGUUCCGAGUGGCCAUUCUGCACUCCUCUGGCUCCUACACCUGUUCAGAGGCGGAGCUUGUGCGGAGUAUCGUGAAGGAUCGCGGAGUGCUGAUCACCUCCUUCAACACAUUUGUCAUCCACCAGGCGCUGCUCAUUAAAUAUAACUGGCACUAUGUGGUUCUGGACGAGGGCCAUAAGAUCCGCAACCCAGACGCACAGGUCACAGUUGCUGUGAAGCAGUUUCGGACUUACCACAGAAUCAUUCUGUCUGGUUCCCCGAUACAGAACAACUUGAAGGAGUUAUGGUCCCUGUUUGACUUUGUGUUUCCUGGGAAACUUGGCACCUUACCAGAUUUCAUGGCCCACUUCUCUGUACCUAUUGUACAGGGGGGCUACUCCAAUGCUUCAGAAGUACAGGUGAUGACGGCGUACAAGUGUGCUUGUGUACUGAGAGAUACCAUCAACCCGUACCUUCUGAGGCGCAUGAAGGCUGACGUAAAAAUAGACCUUCCCAACAAGAAUGAGCAGGUACUGUUCUGCCGAUUAACAGAUGAACAGCGACAGGUAUACAUGGAGUACUUACAGUCCCGCGAGUGUCAGGCCAUCCUUUCUGGCAAGUUCCAG